UACCUAAAGAAAUCUAUGUACGAUCUACACAUAGCUUUUAUUUUAUGCACAAUUUUUUCCAGUCCAGCAUGGACUUUCCAGCCACUUUGUAUGUAGUAAUUUAAAUUUUUCGCCCGGAAGUGUAGAUCUACAACUUUAAACACUAAUCUGAUUUUUUGCAAAGAUGGAAAAUGAUAUUUAGUCCAGAUUAAUCUAGUAUUUAAAGUAAAUUUCAUCUCUAGUAUUAACAAUUUAAAAUUUAUAAAUGCUCAUACGAAAAAUAUUUAUUUUAACAAAAGUUUGUGUACAACUUGAGUCAAAUUGAAAUUGAUAUAUAAACAAAGUAUUUAAAGAAUAAUAGAUAAUAAAUAUUAUAAUACUAUUGUAAUAAACUUUCUACUUGGUCCUUGUUAGUCUUCUUAUUCUUACUUAGCACUUCUUACUCCUGGAAUCUAUUUAAUUCCUGAUUUUCCUAUUUUUGAGGUUAAAUACUCGUAAUUGAAAACUUGACCGCUGAAAUUGUUGGUGACUUCCACUAGUGCAGAAAGUUUUUAAAACACAUAAAUCGGCAAAUCUCUCUAAUUUAAUAAUGAAAAUUAACAGUGUAGAGGCUAUAAACAAAUAUGAAAGUUGCUUCUACUUCUUUGCGUGGUUAUGUGCCAUUACUUAUUCUGCGUAUGAACUUCAUUUGUCAAAUACUUAUUUUGACGAUUAUAAUGAUAUAUAUAAUGAUUUCGAUUUAGGAUGGACCUGGAUUGGAAAGAAACGAGAUAUCUCUGAUCAGGAGUGGCGUGUAUGGCUUGCUUUAGUGAACAGACUGAUACCGUGUACCUUAGUACAUCAUUUUAUUAGUCAGUUUAUUAAAAUUGCUAAUAAUAAUAAUAAUUGGCUUUUACAUUGUUGGUACAUAUCAUCAUCCAUAGGAUUCCUCUAUCAUUAUUUAGGCAUAUUAGGCGUAUUAUGUGUAACGCUGCAACCUAUUAUCAUACAUAAAUUGACAUGUACACGCAGCAGAAGAGUAGCAUGGUUUAUACAUGUUUUAUACUUAUUUGUAAUACAUAUACUAAAAAUACCAGAUGGCAUUUUUCAAUCCUGGCUGGGAUUUACGGACGAGCAGCACUACAUUGUGACACUUUCGAUGUGUUGGAUACAUUUAAGAAGUAUUAGUCUCAAUAUGGAUAGCAUUGAUGACAAGUUCUCUGCUUCGAAUAAUUUUCUUCAAAAAUUGGCAUACUGCUUGUAUCUGCCCACGUUGUUUUUAGGGCCACUUAUUUUGUAUCGUGAAUUUCAGGAAUCCAUUAAUCCUGUCAAUAGAUCUGGUCGAUAUUGGAAUUAUCAAAAACUAAAACCUUUUAUAUCAAACUUGAUUAGAUACACAUUCUGGCUGUAUUUUACCGAAUUCUUAUUACAUUUUAUUUAUGUGAAUGCUAUACAAUACCAUCCACAGGUCGUUCAGAAUUUAAAUCCUUGGGCCCUCUAUGGAUUAGGGUACUGCAUGGGACAAUUCUUUUUGAAUAAAUAUGUAGUAAUCUAUGGGACUUGUACUAGUUUAUGUAACUUGGAUGAUGUGAAAGCACCUCCACAACCUAAAUGUAUAGCUAGAAUACAUUUAUAUUCCGACAUGUGGAAACAUUUUGAUAGAGGCUUAUACAAUUUUCUUAUAAGAUACAUUUACAUCCCGGCGCAAAGAUCAGAUGGAUGCUGUGGAAAAUUAUUCGCAUCAUUUUUAUGUUUUGCAUUUAUUUUUAUAUGGCAUGGCAUACAAAUAAAUAUUUUUAUUUGGGCAUUGCUUAACUUUAUAGGAAUAGUAUUCGAAAGUAUAGGAAUGUCAAUUGCUAAAAGCAAACAGUAUCAAGAAACACAAAUAAUGCUUUUGUCCUCAAAAAAUAUUAGAAGAUUCCAUUGUAUGUUGGCAAGCCCUCUUUUAGCACUGUCAGCUGUGUCAAAUUUUUAUUUCUUUGGAGGGCUAGAAAUUGGGAACAUUUUUGUACAACGUUUAUUACAUGAAUCCUUCAAAGUUUUAUCUUUCUUACUGUUUUUUCUUUAUUGCUGUUGUCAAGUUUCUGUUGAUGUGAAAAGUUGGGAAGAGCGCCGCAAGAUAAUGUAGUAACUCCAAAA